CCUAGGUAUACCUUAGGUAUGCAACACUGUUGGAAAAGAUCUUUACCGACUUCAACCUUUCAAUAUUCUUAUCUAUCUACCUAACCUAACCAAGCCAUGUUGGCCUUGGUAUAGUCCUACCUAUAAGCCGUAUUUCACAUGAUCGAAAUUCCUAUAUCGACAAUGGAUCUUUUAUCACCCUCGCAUAAAAUUAACUCUUUAAAGUGACAAGACCUAAUGACUAUUAUUCAUCACCACCCCUUAAAAAUGCCCCGGUUCCUCGCUAUGGGAGGCAGCGCCGAAGAUAGAAGCUCGUCAUCAGAAUGGUCUCACCGGAGUACUACCAGUCGAUAGCGACCUCCCAGCAUCUCCGGUAUGGACGGACCAACGAGCAGGCUACCAUCAUCAUCAGUACCAACUAUGCACCCCGCUGGACGGCAAAUUGUGAAAGAGUCAUACAAGAGUGCGCCGGUCACACCGAAUACGUAUAUUGAUCCGCCGCGGCCGGCCAAAGAAGGCUGUGAAUGGGUCUGGUUUCCAGCAGGAUACUGGGCCGAGCGCGAAGUCGCUGAGAGUCCCGGAAAGGUCAUGAGGCACUUCAAAUGGCGAAAGCGCUCUGGCAAGAGUAGUUCUGGCUGGGAUACUCAAGAUGGUUUGGAGAAUUCAUCCAGUAAUCUAUGGGAUCAUAUACCAAGGAUUUCCCAGCCUUUACCUAGCCCCCUCCCCAGCGAGGACAGCCAUAACCAGUCAUUUCAGGGACUAUCGUUCAACCGCAAUGGCACGAGCAGCGAGAGCGGCAAGUCUAUGUUCCCGCUUAAUCGAACGACACUACCCAGCCCCUAUCUGACAGAAGAAGCCCACGUCCAGUCUUUACAAAGGUCGCCCCAACUGUCUCAAGGUAGCGAAAAUGGUAUUUCAUUUUCCGGGCCGGCCAGACCGAUACAAAGCUCACCACUCACAAUAAUAAGUGGUGACUCGGACUCUGCUACUCCCCUUGCAACUCCUGUAAGCCGGCUGCCAAGCACUUCGGGGGCUUCGGUUUCGUCUAUCAUCAAUUUAACUACAACUACGCCUGACGCUAAGCCCAGGAAGUCGUUCUUUUCAAGGCUUUUCCCGGACCAUAGGCCAAAAAUCAAGAAGAUGUCCAGCGACAAUGACGCAUACGACUAUACACCAAGCACGGUGCCGGGUACACAAGCACAGCUCUCGGGUUACGGUCAAAGUCAGUCGCCUGCGCCGCUCAUGGGUCGCGCAGCAUCACUACUACGCGAAGAGAGCAAGAGGCGGCGUUCAUUUAGACUCUUCGGAAAGAGUCCCUGGCACCGUGAAGCUUCCGUCGUAUCCGACGUGAGCACCUCAAGCUCCAUCCGCGGCGUGCUCCGGGGCCGGACACCUGUCACGAGCCCGGUUUCGUAUAUUGGUGUGUAUCUCUGAGACCUCUAUAAUUUUUUAGGACGAUUACAAUAUAUAGAAGAACAGAUAGGAGGAUAGAGACAAGCAGACUAGGCAAGUAAGAGACGGACUGACUAACAGAUUUAUAUAGAACCGGCGCAUACAUUUUGCGCGGAGUUCCCUGGCGGUGAGGCAACUCGCAUACAGACACCCCCCCUGCGCGGGAGCGGCCAUCACGCUUGCAAACUACAGUCCUUCUUCUUCGAUAUCUCAGCACCACCGGUUCACCACGGAAGCGGCAGUAAUAGUAACAGCGAGCCUGGACCUUCUCGCUGCCCUGCACCUCUUUCCCCUCUUACUCCCGAGCGUAAUACUGUAUAGGACCGGGAUAUGCAGGAGAGAGACAAGAGGAAGAGCGGCUCGAGCAAAGAGUGGUGGGAGGUGCCGGUAGCUCUAAACCGACACGAAACCGUGACACACGGCGCUUUCGAAUUUGACAUGCCGGAGCAUCUGCCCAACAGUCCUAUGUGCCCGGCUAACAAGAGGCACGCAUCCGGCGGCACGGGGAUCUGCGUAUACCAUGGCAGAAGGAAGAAAAGUAGAGACGGGCCGAGCAACGCUAGGAGCGAGGUUGAUGACGAUAACGGGGAUAGAUGGAUAUAAAGA